AUGGGCAACACCACCAGCUCCGUCCUGGACAACAUCAUCCAGGGAUCCAACUUCGACAGGGAAGAGGUUGACCGCUUGCGUAAGAGGUUUAUGAAGUUGGACAAGGCAUGUUUCUGCACAUCCAUUCCCGAUAAUUCCGGUACCAUCGAGCGCGAAGAGUUCUUGAGCCUACCGCAAAUAUCGACAAAUCCUCUGGCUACAAGAAUGAUUGCCAUAUUCGACGAAGACGGUGGCGGCGACGUCGACUUUCAAGAGUUCGUAUCCGGUUUAAGCGCCUUCUCGAGCAAAGGCAACAAGGAGCAGAAGUUGCGGUUCGCUUUCAAGGUGUACGACAUUGACCGUGACGGCUACAUCAGCAACGGCGAGCUGUUUAUCGUGCUGAAGAUGAUGGUGGGUAGCAACCUUAAGGACCAACAGCUGCAGCAGAUUGUCGACAAGACGAUCAUGGAGGCAGAUUUGGACAAGGACGGCAAGAUCAGCUUUGAGGAGUUCACCAAGAUGGUGGAAAACACGGAUGUCAGCAUGAGCAUGACAUUGGGUGAGUUCGCUCCUUUUUUCCUUCCUCCCGCCGGCUGA